UUUCGGAGACACUAAAAAGUGAAGUACAGAAGUGUGGUUCGGAUUCGGAGCUCCCAUUGCCGGCGUCUUUUCCGUCGAUCUUCGGUGUUUCCGUUAAGCUUUUUGAGUGGUGAAGCAAGCUACCUUGGAGGUACUAUGGAGACGAAGCGCUGCAAAUUCUGGCUUCCCAACAAAAACAGAUUUUGUGCAAACUCCCCUCUCAAUGGUUCCUUAUUCUGUGGCAAUCACAACUCAAGGUCCCAAGGCCAGUGGAUCCAAUGCCCCAUAGAUCCAUCCCACUCAGUGCUAGAGCAAAACCUCAAUUGGCAUGUUAAGCGGUGCCCAUUGCUGAAACAGGUUCAAUCCUUGUCCCUCCAACCGUUCUACCAAAAGGGUAUCAAUGCUGGUUCUGACGGAGAACAACAAGAGGAGGAAACAUCAGGGGUUGAUGAUUCAAGCUUAUCCACUAUGACUGUUUCUUCAGAAAUGAAGAGGAAUGCUCUUCAUAGGAUGAGUUUGCCUGAAUUUUGCAAUUUGAUUGAAAAGAUUGAAUCUUUUCAUGAAUCAUUGUCUAAGGAUAUUCAGGACUCGUUUCAGAUGCCAGAGGUUUGCAGCCUCUGGAUUAAAAGUCGAGUAGAAGAAAGGAAAUUGCCAUUUCAGGAGAAACAUAUAAUGCAACAGGCAUCUAUUCUGGGAAAUUUGGAAAAUUUUGGUGUAUUGAAGAAUUCUCUUGGAAGGAAACCAUCCAAAGUGCCAGUUGAGGGGGAAGAGGACGAGUACGAUGUCCCAGCAGUGAUUGAGUUUGGAGCUGGUAGAGGGUAUUUGACACAAAUGCUUGCAGAUUGUUGUGGAAUCAAAAGAGUCUUCCUGGUCGAGCGCAAGGCAUACAAGUUGAAGGCUGAUCGAUCCUUGCGACAGAAUGAGAGCUUGAUGUUAGAGCGAUUGAGAAUUGACAUUGAAGAUUUAGAUUUGAAUGCGGUUGAGUCUUUGCAAGGAGUUCCAUUUCUGGCCAUUGGUAAACAUCUAUGUGGAGCUGCAACAGACUUGACUUUGAGAUGCUGCUUACCCGAAUAUAGAAAAGAUAGUGGUGAACAGUACACUGCUAAUAAUAAUUUUGGAGGUUUGGCUAUAGCAACAUGUUGUCACCAUCUUUGCCAGUGGAAACACUAUACAAAUAAAAGGUUCUUUUUGGAUUUGGGGAUGACAAAGGAAGAUUUUCAUGCCAUUACAUGGUUUACCAGUUGGGCAGUAGAUGCAAAUCAUGGUUCAGAUCUUCCUGAUACUGCUGAUUGCAGAUUACAUUUGCAAUCAAUAAAGGAGCAAGGUGAUGGAUAUGCAAAUGGAGUUGAAAAAAUUCUCUGUGACAUGGAAGCAGCUAAAAGAGCAGCACUGGGUUUUAAGUGCAAGUGGAUUAUUGACAUGGGGAGGUUGAUGUGGCUAAAAGAACGUGGAUUAGAUGCAAAGCUUGUCAGAUAUGUUCCACCUAGCAUUUCUCCUGAAAAUCAUUUGCUAAUAGCUAGAUCAUCAAAUUGUUUAUAAAACAUUUAUUUCGUUCUCUCGUUUUUCUUCUUUUGUCCCAAUAUGUUAAAUUUCUUGUAGGUUGCUAUGUUCUAUGCUCUUUUGGACACACUAAAAUAAAACGAGGAGCACAUUACCAUUGUAUUGUC